AUGCACAACCGCCCUACAUCAGCUGAAGCAUUCCAAGGAACGUCUCAACAAUACCCUCAACAAACUGGAAGGUCAGCAGGCCCACCGCGGGCCACAUACUCUGGGCAGGGUACUGGAUACCGUGGCACAGCUGGAGCACCAAUUCCAACGUUCGCCUUUUCAUCCACGCCAGGUCUACGACAGGAUGUACGUACAGGAACGAAUACACCUCAGCCGCGCGCCAGUUUGGCAACCAGCCGGCACGCACACACACAAUCUGCCUCGGCAUCCAGCACAACAUCAACCGAGUCAUCACAACCAUCAGCAAAGGAUGAUUCGGUGAUGGGGUCUCACAAUGGUUCGCUGAUCAAUAUCACAACCAAUAUCCCCGACCUCUCGCUGACGACCCUCGGGGAGACUUCAGCGGUCAAACCAUCGCCAGAUCGGUAUAGGCGACCUGCACAAAAGCGCACAGACUCGAAUACCUCUACGCUUAAAGCUGGGGCUGCUCCUUCGCCAGACACGAGUUCAACCAGUGUGAAUACCAUGCCGGCAUUGCCUCGAACGGAAAGUCAGGAUGACAGUGCCAUUAGCACAACGAAGCCGAACAGAUACAGGCGGCGGAGUUUUGGCAAUCUGGAUGUGGGACGCGCGCCUGCAUCGUUGGAUCCUCCUCGGCCGUCGACAGGUGAUGCAAGUGCGACCUCCACUCCCACCACAAUUAUGCCUGGCGCUUUCUUCGACAGUGUCUCUGGCGAGCUAUCACAAAAUUCGGCAGCGGCCGCCCAGGACACUGUGAAAUUGGUUGUUUCACAAGCUGAGCCUAAAAAUGCCAAUGCAGGCUCACGUGGCUCUACUGAUGCUACCAAGCGUAUUGGUACUCCAUCGCCGCUCUCUAGACAGGCACAGGUCGACGACUCCGCCUCGGGCGCUGCUUCACCUGCCAAGCCCAAGACCUAUGCUUCUGCUGCUCAGUCUGGCAUGGCCUCCGCUUCUCCUGCUUCCCAGCACCUCGCUGCCCUAGCUGACAAAGAUCUGAACAAGGGCAUGAAAUCACGUCUACGAAGAGCAUUUUCUUUCGGUAGCGCGCAGGAACUGAGGAGAGGUGCCGCUGAGAAUAACGCGAUUGCGCAGCAGACCAAGGAACAGCACCAACAGCAGAUUGACGAUGAACUCGAUGCGGAGCAGCAAGAGAUUGCACGAAGGCAGGAGGAGGCCGGAAUCGGUGCUGGCAUCUAUUCUGGACAAGGCGGCUUCGCUGGGUCUACCGACAACCUCUCCAUUUCUUCAACUGCAUCAUCCGCUUCGAUGAUGUUGCGAAAGAUGGGCAAGGCGACCAAGAAGGGUGCUAGGAGCAUCAAGGGCCUCUUCCGGCCCAAGUCCGUCAUUGGCGUUCCUGCUGCUGAUGGUCCUGUGCAAGUCGGACCCAGUGCUGCAGUACAGCCCAGUGUCGCUCAAGUCUCGAUGGUCACCGUCGAGGCUGAACGACAGAAAGUGAAUGUCAACGCCGAUAUCACUGAGCGACCGCAUGGAGUUACCGGAUUUCCUAAGCUCGAGCGGAACUCGAUCGAUGCUGCUAAUAGCAUCAUCAAGCCUGGUUCCCGCGGAUCUGCGGAUGGUUCGGAUUCUCGUCGAAGCGUGGUUGGCAGUGAUCGUGAUCGAGCUGAGGUUCUCGCCGCUGUGAAGAAGGGCAUCUUGAAACGAUCGGGGACGGCUUCUCCAAGCGGUGGUUCACCUGUCAUCAGACCCGUCGUCGACGGAAGCAGUGCGCCUGUGCUCAACCUGCCUGAUAGCCCUGCAUCCAGCAUGCCCAGCACACCCAAGGACGGUCGCACUGGAUCUCUGAAGGGUGGUGCCAAUGGUGACUACUUUACCAACAGAUUGCCUUCGAUGUCGAAGAGUGCCGUCACGACGCCCAACGGAUCUACCCGAUCCAUCAGCUUCAGCCCACGAAUCCAAUUCCACGAUGCCUGGUCCGCAACCGAAUAUGACCGCCGCGGCGAGAUUGCUACUUGCAACCGUCUCACUCCUAUGCUUGCUCAGCAGAUCAAGGAGGAGCUUAAUACAUUCAAAAUGGAGAUGGAAGUGCACGAACUAAGCAAGCCGCAUACGCAUUUCUUCUAA